UGCACACAUCCUAUUUCCGCGUACAUUCAACAGGAUCUGCAAAGAAUUGUCUGGUGAAAGCGUUUUCUACAAAGGUAAAUAAAAUAACUAAAACGCCGUUGCAAAUAAUUGAUUGCAUUACUUUAACUGUUUCAAACGGUUCAAGAAAUAUAGAAGACGGAAGAUGAAUUUUUAACGACUGCAUCCCAUGCAGGACUAAAACGCUACUAUGUAAAUGUAUCCAGAGGUUACAGUGACUCUGUGGGACGUAUGACAUUUAACCACCGAACAGAGAUACCCCGCAUCAGAGAUACCCCGCUCAGGUGCGCGCACCUACGGCGGAGGAAUUAACGUCAUGCGACACCUGAUAAAACUCGGGGCCAACCCUGCAGGCGUGGCCUUCUCCAUGACGACUCUCGGUGCUGGCAUGAUGAACAGUAUAUUCAGCUUCUAUUAUGUCAAACUCUUUCUCAAUAAGUACCAAAUAUCAGAGGGUGCAUUCCAUCAGUCACAAGUCGUGUACAUGAUCUGGAACGCGGUGAACGACCCUCUUUUCGGUUACCUCCAGGACAACUCCAAAGUGCAAUGCUGCUCACGCCGCCGCCUCGCCAUCCUGUACGGCGCGCCGCUCUACUCCCUCGCCUUUCUGCUGGCCUGGUAUCCAUGGCGAGAGUACAGCCCCGGCGACUGGAUGUGUGGCCUGCAUCUCACAGUGGCGUUGUGCGCGUUCGACGGCAUGCUGACCUUUGUGCUGCUCUCCCAGUGCGCCCUGUUCGCCGAGAUAUCUGGCCACCAUCAGAGCCGCUUGAGACUCAUUAAGUACAACCAGGUGGCGUCUCUGAUUGGCUCAUCCAGCGUGCUGUUCUGUGGCCUCUAUUCCAGGAACAUGGAGGACUACUCGGCCUUCCAGAGCGCUAUGGUUUUGGUGGCGGUGCUGAGCUGCGGCUGCAUGUUCUACACUGGCCUCCACAGCGAGAGCCGCUUUGACAACAAGGGCUCCGGCACUUCAUCGCCGUCGUCGGCACCGACGGAACCCGGUGACGACAAAGCAUCCGGCCAACCGGCCCUCUCGUUCGCCGCGGUGGUCUCCAUGACAUGCCAGAUCCUGUCUGACCGCAACUUCCAGCUGUUUGUGGUCAUGAACUUCUUCCAGGUGUUCAUGUUGGCGUUCUUCAAUAACUUCACCAUGAUAAUCACCGAGCACCUCAUUCCACUAAAUGUGCUCCCGCCGCUGGCGAAGAGUCUGAUGUACGGCGCUGGAUUCAUAUGUCCACAGAUCCUAGUGCUGAGCAGCCAGAAGCUGCUCCUUGAUCUUGGGUACUACAAGAUGAUUCUGUACACCUUCUAUGUAGAGGGGGUCAUGGCCAUGGUGAUGCUGGCCCUCGGUCCCCAGCACCACUACGUCCUGGCGGUCUUUCUCUCCGUCAACAUGGUUUUAAUACAGGCAUCGUUCAGUUUGUUCAACUUGCCUUUGGCUGACAUCAUUGACUCAGACCUACAGAAGUAUAAACGCAGCUCUCCUCUCUCAUCAAUGGUGUUCGGAACCAAUGCUUUGUUCACCAAACCUGCCCAGUCUCUGGCCCCUAUGCUCGUGGUGACCAUCCUCAACCAGUUUAACUAUGAAGACCUGAAGGUUAUCACCAAGACCUCCAACCCAGAAGCCACGGAGAGCCUGCACAGCGUCAUGUUCUACCUCGUGUGUUUGAUCCCCCUGAUAAUCUCCACCACACAAGCCCUGGCCUGGAGACCGUUCUCCAUCCGCAACAGUCACACAGUCGACACAAAGUACAUCGACGGAUAACUUCAGCCGCAGUUUAACCUUAGACAACUAGUUUACAGUUGUAGGUGACGUCAAUGUAAUGUAGCAUUUUAGAGGACAAGGGAUCUUUGUAAUUUACUGUGGGGGGUUUUCUGUCGUUACAAAGGGAACUUUUAUAUUACAAGCCCCCAUGUUGAAAUUAGUCUGUGAAUGUUAUCUAUGUUCUUCAAAGCUCUGGAGCCGGUCUGUGCCUUCUUUAGUUAUAUUCUACAAUGUAGUAGACGUACAUAUCUUGAUUUGUUUUUGUGAAUGAGGGAGAAUGUGGUUUGGUCUUUUUUUUUGUGUUUUUUUAUAAAUCAAAUCAAACAAUC